ACGCCUUGGAUUUCCUCAUUUAUAGCAUUGAAUCCUCAUUCAUGAUCACUUCCCACUCCACCCACAAGUCAUGCAAAGUCUUCUGGAGAUGAUUUCUUGUGUCCAUGGUUCUUCUUGAAGAUAGAGCUAUACAUGAUCUCACAAGCAUAAGUUCCUAGAAUGUUGCCGUGGAACCUGACCUGUUAGCCACCUGUCAUAACCGACUAGCCACAAGAGGUCUUGUCAUCUAUAAAAUAUUCCAACCACAAACAAGAGAUCCUGAGGUUCUAUUGAUGAACUACAUGCCAGCUCCCAACCAUCCUCAGCUGUAGACAAUUUUUACCAAUUCAAACUCAAAAGCCUGAUCAUACCUCUUUCACCCAUUUUCUCUCCAAAAGAAUACAUGGGUUUAAGGGACAUAGAAGCAACUCUACCUCCAGGCUUUAGGUUUUAUCCAAGCGAUGAGGAGUUAGUCUGCCAUUAUCUCUAUGGAAAGAUUGCUAAGGGGGUAGUAUCUAAAGGAACAAUGGUGGAUGUAGACUUGCAUAUCUGUGAGCCUUGGCAACUCCCAGCGACAUCUGGAUACUGGAAGGCCACAGGGAAGGAUCGUCCCGUCUUCGAUCCGGCUUCCCGCGCGAUUGUUGGUAUGCGCAAGACACUGGUUUUCUAUCGCAACAGAGCUCCGAAUGGGAUCAAGACAGGCUGGAUCAUGCACGAGUUCCGUCUGGAGAACCCACACAUGCCUCCAAAGGAAGAUUGGGUGUUAUGUAGAGUCUUUUACAAAGGCAAGGGAGAGCAUCUCACUGAACCUGGCCUUGGAAAUCAUGAGCCUGAAACCACAAUUGGUGCACCUUCUCCAACAUUCGCCCCUUUCUCUCAUAACCAUACCGUGCCAAGUGGUUACAGACAGGUGGUGGACUCAUUCUCCUCAGUUCUACACCACCAAGACCAGAGUUUCCUAAACUUGGCAAAGCAAAACCCUAAUUUUCUUGGGUGUCCUCAGGAAAUGAACAACACACCCAUGAUUGAGAUUGAUUCUAGAGGUGGAGAUGAGUUCGGGUUUCUGCUGGAUAUGAGUUUAGAAGAGAACAUGGGGGAUGGAGGAACGCCAAGUAUGGAGGAAAUGAAGUUUGACGAUGACGACAACACAAUGGUUUUCAUCUAGAUUGGUUUUGUUAAAAAAAAAAGAAAAAAAAGAAAGAGAGGAAAGGAAGGAUACCCAUUUAUUGAUAUAUGAUAUAUUGUGUUGUUUGUUUAUAAGGAUAGAAUUAUGCAUUGUUUGGAUAUCAGAUGAUUGAUGUAUGGCAAGAUGGUCUUUGGGUUCUGUAUACGUCUAUGUCAUGUAUAUUGUCUACAUAUAUCAGUCAUUUUCUUUGUACAAAAAGUUAAAAAUCAA